AUGGCCCACGCAAAAGCCCAGGACGAGCUUCAGAAGCGUUACGAAGAAGUCUUCUUGACCAUGGGUGUGGCACAGCUCUGCCUCGAAUCUCUCCCCUUCCAGACGUCGUUUCCAGACCCGAUGCCGGUUGCCCUUCAUGGUAAGCCGGAAUGGGCAGAACCUGAAGGCAUUGAAGGGGAGCUAGUCCGUCACGGCUUUGUUAAUAUCAAGAUCGAAAUUGUUGAUUCCAUCCAUCCGGUUGCCAAUGCCGAGGGCUUUUUAGCCUCGUUUGGAAUGAUGGUGAAGUGGACAAUCAACACUUAUUGGACCUUGGAGCAGAAGGAGCAGUAUGGAGAUGAUUUCUAUAAGAUUCUAGCCGAGCAUCUCCGGACUAAACAUGGUGGCAAAGGCUGGGACUUGAAAUCAACAGCUAUACUUGUUACGGCCCGGACGCCGCAGUAG